AUGACAACAUUUUUAGUUGCCAUAGACUUUGGCACAGCCUACAGUGGCUACUGCUUCUGUAUGAGAUCCAACCCUUCUCAUAUCAGGAAUCCACGCUGGGGGGAAAGCAAGGGUUUUGAUACACUGAAAACUCCAACCUGCAUUUUGUUUGAUGAAGACGGGACAUUCCUGGACUUUGGCUAUGAUGCACUUAUGGCAUACAAGAGAAUGGGUCAAAACAACAACAGCUUUUUCAAUAAUUUCAAAAUGCAGCUUUACAACAAAAAUAUCAGCAGAAACAUGAUGAUCCCCGACUCUGGAGGGAAGCCUAUGGAGGCUAUGAAAGUAUGCUCUGAAAGUCUCCGAUAUCUAAAGGAUCAUGCUCUAAACAUGAUAUCAAACCACACGAAUGGAAGAACAUUCAGUGCCUCUGAUGUGACCUGGGUGCUGACUGUGCCGGCAAUCUGGGAACCUGCAGCCAAACAAUUCAUGAGAGAAGCAGCAAUACAGGGAGGUCUGAUCACUGAGACAGACUCAUCAAAGCUCAUCAUCGCGCUAGAGCCAGAGGCAGCCUUAGUGUGGUGCAAGCAGCUUCCCAGUGAUGGCUUCAUCUCAGAGGGACUUGACCACGAAAUACUGGAGCUAAAACCUGGAACACAGUACAUUGUUGCUGACUGUGGAGGUGGAACAGUCGACAUUACUGUGCACGAGGUUUUGGAAGGAGGGCUCCUGAAGGAAUUGCACAGAGCUUCGGGUAACGAUAUGGGUGGUGGAUCAGUUGAUGCUAAGUUUAAAAAUCUCCUCAGAGACACCUUUGCACAGAAGAAGCAAAACAUUUGCCGCUUCUUCACAGAUGUUCAGGGGGUCUCAUGGACAGAAGGCUCUAUCAAAAUUACCUUUUCAAAGCUAAAAGAUUUGUUCAGGGAGAGUGUGGACAAAAUAGUGCAGGACAUAAGAGCAAUCCUACACACACCAGAGAUCAACAUAGACUACAUUCUCUUAGUAGGGGGCUAUGCAUCUUGUAAAAUCCUCCAGAAUGAAGUGAAAGAGCAGUUUGGCAGUCAGUGCAGAAUCAUGUGUCCUAUAAAUGCUCAGCUGGCUGUGGCAAAAGGGGCAGUCCUGUUUGGAAUGAACCCCAAGAUCGUGGCAUCACGAGUCAGUGCUCUGACCUAUGGCAUUGCAGUAGCACACCCAUUUGACCCAGCAAAACACAGGGUAGAGAAGCGAAGAGAAAACAAGACAAAAGACUAUGUGUACUGUGACGAUCUUUUUCACAAAUUUGUCCAAAAAGGUCAGUCUGUACUCUGUGAUCAGGCUGAGGAGUAUACGUUUAAUCCAGUUAGUUCUGACCAGACUGCCAUGAGCUUCCCAUUUUACAGCACAGAGAAACCAGAUGCAAUGUAUGUAGAUGAGCCUGGAAUGAAAAAAAUUGGACAGAUCGUUGUCAAUAUGCCUGAUAUAAGGGAGGGCCGAAAUCGAAAGGUGAAACUUGAGGUUAGUUUUGGAGUAACAGAGAUCCAAGCUACAGCCAUGACCUCCAACGAACAAGAAUUACUUAGGCCGAAUUUUAUGACGCAUUGA